UAAAAUCCUCAAUUUUUUUAGUGACUUUUUCAGUAAACGUGUGUGGUCAUGUUGAAAUGGCAGUAGCGGCUGAUAUUCUUGCUUAUAUGGCUGGCUGUUAACUGCCUCUUAAUUAAACUAGGUCAUUACUGGUCAUGGAGAUUUUUCUGAUAGUGAUGAUAAUAAUAUCAUAGAUUUGCAUGAGGUCUUAGGAAAGAAUAUCUUCAGAUACAGGUGUUAAAGGUGGGGAAAGUGUCUCUUUCAGUUGCAUAUGGCAUGGUAUAGCUUGUAAGUUGUUUACUGUACUUCUUGCUCUAGCUGCAUAGCUGCUGGGGACAGAGUCUGCACUGAUUCCUAAAUUUUUCUUGGACAUGAUGCGUUACUGCAGAAACUGCGGUGAGCUUCAGAAAUCAACCAUGGGCAUUAAAGGUUUACAGGGAUUUGUGGCGAGAGUUUGCCCUGACGCAUGCAGAAUGGUAGAUCUGAAAGAGAUGGCAGAAAAACACCGCGUCGAUCAUCCAGAUGUCACGCCUGUUAUUGUAGUAGAUGCCAUGAGUUGUGUUCGACACUGGUACACACCAGAAUCCUGGGUGUGUGGUGGCCAGUGGCGAGAGUACCUUACUGUUUUAGAGGAUUUCAUCGAAACUUUUAAAGCAGCUGGCAUCGAGUUGGUGUUUUACUUUGAUGGAGUGGUGGAAGAGAAAAAGAGAGAUGAGUGGAUCAAACGGAGGCAGCAGAAUAACAAGGAAAUAGCCAACCUAUUUCAGUUUAUCAAGACUCACAGGAAACAGCCGGGGAGAGGAAUGUUCGUUCUUCCCUCAGCUUUGCCUACUUUUACACGGUUUGCUCUAAAGUCACUUGGUCAAAAAACAGUGUGCACAUUGCAAGAGGCAGAUUUUGAGGUGGCUGCAUAUGGUUUGCAGCAUAACUGCAUGGGAAUUCUUGGGCAAGAUAGUGACUACCUCAUCUAUAAUACAUCUCCCUAUUUUUCCAUUGAGAAGCUCUGCUUGGACAGACUAGUCACUGUUAUGUACUCCAGAGAAGAUCUUUGCCGUGCGCUAGGUCUUAAUAUGAUGCACCUUCCUCUCUUUGCUUGUUUGCUUGGCAAUGAUGUUGUUCCAGAAAACAUGCUGGAAGGCUUCUGGCAUAAAUGUUUAGUCAUCUGUCCCUCCAGGAAUAAGAGCUACAACAGAAGAACAAGCAUAAUUCUAGCUGUAGCAAAAUAUAUCUCCAAAAUUCCGUGCAUGUACAGCAGCCUGAAACACUUGGAAGAUAUGCUACCUCUGGGAUCAGACAAGACAUUACUUCACAGAGGAAUGGAGUCCUAUCUUUUGCCAGGGCAGCAGUCUCCAUGGAUUCCUCCUGAUGCAAGAAAUUUCAAAAUGUUCUCAGGUCAAGAAGAAACACCCAUGUGUCGAGAUAAGGAAAUCUUUCAGUUAGCUAAAGAACAUCACAUCCAAUCUGAAAAUUAUGCAAUCUUCAAUAUCCUGAGUAAUGGAGAGCUUGAGUGCAGCAACUCUUUGGAAGAUGAUUGUGAUACAGAGAUUCCUGGACAGGCACUCAUCUAUCGCCCUGCUCGUCAGCAUAUUUAUUCUGUCUUGUUGGAAUCAGAAGGAGAUGGAGCCUGUCCUGUGGUAAAAGAGUGGUUUGUCUAUUGUGGAAAUCCUCUACAGGAGCCAGACCUGAUACAACCUGUGCAGCCCUCUAUUCCAGGUGGAACACCUAAUUUGAAAACGCUGUGGUUUGCCAAAGGACCUGACGUGGAAAAGCAACGAUACAGUACAUUUCUGGCAUGCUUUCACCUUCAGGAUGCAAUGGAAGAGCUCCAGGCUCUAGAAGCACCUGUUGCAGCAUUCUGCUGCUUGCUGACCUACCUUAUGCUGCAGGUCAGUAGUCUCUCUCUGGAAGACUUAAAUGCAUUUGUGGCACUCAUUCUCUGCCUCAGAGGAAAGUCAGCUGCUGAACUGGCAAGUUUGCAGCUUGUGCAAGUGGACUCCAGAGCUGUACAUCUCGGUGCUGUUUUGAUUCGUGGCCUUACAACGUUGCUCAUGGCCAAUAGUGCCUGCGGCUUUCCAUUCAGAAUGGAUGAUUUGAUGCCCUGGAAAGUGUUUGAUGGAAAACUUUUUCAAGAAAAAUACCAAAAGUCACACCAAAGUUGCUCUUUGGAAGAGCUUCUGGAAGGCAACGAGUCUUUGUAUACACCCUUCCAGAAUCUGAAGUCGCUCAUUUGCAAGGUUUGUGCGGUGAAGAAAAGAACAAUACAGAGCAGACCAAGAGGGAGUGGAUUUAUCACAGGAACAUACCAAAGAGAACUUAACCCUAGGUUCCAGCAAACACACAGAAGCUCCUUUGUUUCUCCGUAUCAUAAUCAAAUGAGGGGCAACCUCUGCAGAAAUCCUCAACCACAAGGUAGAAGAUACAGAUCAGGACAUUCAGACCAGAGGAGAAGAUUCCAUGUUCCACCUUGGUCGUCCAGAUGAAGUUUCUCAAUACUGGAAGUGGAUGAAAAUAUUAUAAUUUUCUUGUGUGUCUUUUUCUGAUUGUGACACAAUAAAUACAUUCUUUUGUA